CUCCUCCGCUCGGUCCCACAAUGCACUGCGUUCACUCGUUGGAUCAUGGACCAAAGCGGUAAGUGAAAAUCCAAACCGGGCCCACUCCACGGAACUGUGUUAAUGUCCACAUUUCUCACUGCGCUGUUAUUGUUAGUGAGCUGCACCGUAUAUAAAAGCCUUCCGUUCACCUUUAGGGUCUUCGCUGCGGCGUCUGCUUCACUCUACAAACAUCUUUUUGAGCUAGCAUGGUUCAGGCUAAUGCUAGGCUUUCAUGGAGAGGCGGUGAUCCUCAAAAGUUAGCAUCAAGUUCUGAGCGUUACCACAAGACCGCUUACAUUCUUGUUAUCGUGCCUAAACAGUCUCUGGAAUAAAUAACACAUAUUUAAAGCACUCACUUCUAAUCUGUUUAUAAACUGCUCUCUUUAGUUGGGGCGCGAAGGCUACCUGGCUAAGGUUAGCAUGAUGCUAACAGGGCUAACAAACCGCAACCGAAGGCUGUCAUCAGUUAUUCACUGAAAGUCUGAAUUUAUUCAUCUUUAUCUUCACUUUUUAAUCAAGCUAGAGCGCUCAGACAACUUUAGGUGUCUUCAGGAUUUAAAGAAAUAAACGAAGGAGUCUCCUUCAAUGACGAGACGUUAAUGGACGAUAGUAAAACACUGAGUAACUGAAGGAAAAUGCUCAUAUUUGAGGUGGAGUUUGUUUAAAAAAAGCAAAAAGAACAACACUGACCAACAGUGCACAUCUUUAAUAAUAAAAAAGAUGGGAUUUCGUGUAAAACUCACUAAUAACAAAUGUGUUUGAUGGAAUUAAACUAGUGCAAAAACAGCCCGAUUGAGAUUUCGACAACACUUUUUCUGAAGUUUGGAACCAAAGUUUUUCUGACUUUAUUUUACUGUUUUGUACCCUUGGAUAAGGUCCAGGGGCCUCAUUUAUGAACCGUGCGUACGUACAGAUGUGUGCGUAAUGAGUGCAUUAUAAGUGCGUACGAACAUUCCCACGAAAAGUCUGGAAUUUAUCAGGGAUGUAACGAUAUGGGGCCUUAGAAGAGUCAGAGGUCAUCAACACUAGUACUAGUAAUAACAAAGUACAAAGUAAUGUGCCAGUGGCAUAAACAUGAAUAUAAUAACAAAUAAAUGAAAUUUUAAUAAAAUGACAUUCCUUAUUGUGUAAAUUGUAAGAAUCUUCAGUGCUCAAAAAGAUCGACUCUUACAAAUAUAAAACAGACCAACAUGACUAUCUACAACAAACAAUACAACAACAUGUAAACAAAUGUGUAAUGCAGGUGUUUAAAAUAACAUAAAUUUGUAAACAAAUCAGAUAGAUAGUGAAUAGAUUUUUCUCUUGCUUUUGACCCUGCAGACAAUGAUCUUCAAGGCAGCGAUGGCUCUGGGAGUUUGGGAGGCCCAGAUGUCCGGCGAAGAAUCCCCAUCAAACUCAUUUCUAAGCAGCCUCUAAGGAGCAAACCCCCGCCCCGCGCCCAGAGACCCAGCAGCAGGCCAUGUAAAAGUGAGACAGGAGAGGACGGUAAGCUAAGCCUGCAGUUCAUCAUGCCAAGAACAACUCGGAUCUGAAAGAGAUCAGUGACUGAGUCGCCACCUGUUGGUUUGUUAGAUUUCACUCUGCACUACCAUUUCUCCUCAGUUGAACCGAGUUAAAGAGGUUCACUAGUAGGAAAAAAAAGAAUAUUGCAGAGACCUGUUAAACUUUCUCCAGAGACCUUAUUGACCUCUUUGAGUAACAUCAGUUCAUGAACUCAGUCAGCACCAGGAGCUUCAUAGGUUUCCAUGACAUAACAGCUGCACACAAAACCUGAUAUCGCAUUGGUCAACGGGAAGGAAGGGUGAGAACAUUGCACAACAUGCUUAAGCUGCACUGCAGGGCAUUUCAAAUCCUUUGCUUUAGAUUGAUCUAUCAUGCUUCAGUCAGUAUGUUUACGUGACACUCGAGAAAACCGAAUUAUUGCCUUACUGCGAUUAAGACCGGACAACUGAAGUGCAUGUAAACACCUUAGUCCGACUAUAAUCAGAGGUUGAGAACUGCAAUUAUAGUUGGAGAACCCCGAUUACCGUGUUAUCAGUGUAGUCGGAGUAUGAUUGGCCAAUGCAUGUGCACGUGCGCCACACAACCCCGGAACAAAAACGCCAGAGAAGAAGCGGCACCAUCAUUUUAAAGAACUUUGGACUCAGAAGCAACUGCAACAUGGCUGAGGCAUGAAAGAUUGUCCACUUUUGGAACGACGAGGAGAGCGCCGUGAUGCUUUCCGUCCUGACAGAAAUGGACAUUUUUAAAGUAUAUGGAUGGUCGCAAAAUGAAGACUGGAGACAUCUUUAAAAAAGUUCUGGAAACAGCGCGGCUGAAUAGACCAAUAUAGUUUUGGGGAGGAGGACAUGUUCACGUCAAUAAUUUGAUUUUCUUCACUGCAUUUUUACACAGACAAGGAGAGAAGUCCGAUUCGGUGAAAAAAAAGUCUGGCUGUCUGUUGAAGAAAUCUGGAUUUGCCUGAUUAUAUCAGACCGCAGUCCACCACACAGAGUAGGACGUACCAUAAAUUUGAGCAGUUCCAUCGUUGCAAAUCUCCAACAUUGCAGUGACGAAGCUUAGUUCAGUUCAUGUGAAGGGUCCGCUUUUGGUUUCAAGGCUGGUGAAAUGUUAGUCAGAUGCUUACUUCCAUCCCAAACCUGUUUUGGAUUGUCUGGUCUUGUUGGUUGUGUUAGGCCCCCAUUAAACUCUUCCACAAAUGUUAAUAUCACAAAGGUGUAAUGAUGGGGUCAAGCUGCCCUGCUACUGAACUGGCAUGAGAAGUUGUGACAAAGGGGGAAAAGCAGGGCAGAAUAGUGUUGUGUUUGUGAAUCUUACACCACCUACUUACCUAUCUGGCCUUCAAGCUUCUGCAGUCACACACUUGGACAGCGAUAGCAAACUGUACCGGGGUUUAACAUAAAAGUACAAAAGCAGAGUGAGUGCAGGGCUUAUUCACAUCUCUGCAGCUGAAUCUCGUUUUACAAAGUGGUUUUGUAGGAGAAUUUUAAAGAAAGGCCCAUAAAGAGUAAGUUAAACCCAGUUUGGUGAGGACCUGGACUGGAGCACUUUGCCCAACACCCCUAAAAAACCUCUGGGAGCAGUUUGCUUAAAUAGUGGGCAGACAACUUUAUGGUUAUUCUAAAAACUGAGCAUUCACUUAUUCUCUUAUACAAUAACUUAAAGGACCAUUGCAUCUCAAGUGGUUCUUUUACAAGCAUUGGGUCCAACUCUUCUGGUUUUACAAUGAGAAGCACAAAUGCUUAUUAAUAUGGGUGUUUUUGCCUCAUUGUGUGGAUCAUGCAGUUUUCUUUUGCACCACAAGAGAGUGCCAGUGAAUUAAACACGGUGACUGUAAGUCUGUUCGUGACUUGUCAGAGCACUAAGUUGACCUCUUUCUGAAUUAGAGAAACGUUUAGAGCAGCCUGUGUAACACUGAUAACACUUAAAACUAGAUUAUGUAUCCUUAAAGGAAGAAACAAAGUAAUAAUAUAACCAUCAAUAAAAUUGUCAAGGUGUCUUUUUCUCAGGACUGUCCUAAUUUUUCUGAAUAAAUCUCAGUACUCGUCUCGUGUGUCUGCAGAUAACUUUAUCUUCAAACCAGAGGAGAGGUUUGACUGCGGCGCGAAAGCUGGUGACGUGUUUGCAAGUCAGAGGCGUUUCCCUCAACAGCUGUUUUGGGACUACAAGGUACAUAACCUGUUGGAGCUGAAUCUCCUUAACAACAUGUGCAGAUUUUUAAUUUGAUAUUCAUGACAGACAUUCGAUCAACUAUAUCUGGUGUUUAACACAGGGUGUCUCUUCUCUGGUCAGACUGGUUUGAACUAUUUAUACUCCUACUUUUUUAAAAAUUUGGGACCGGAGAAUAUUUCUAUUUCAAAGAGUAAAAAGCAGGAAUAAAUCAAGGAAAUCCACGUAAUUGUAUCCUUGUGUUAGCCGCCUGUGAUUUUAACCUCUUUCUCUUCUUCAUGACAGUUGAAUUUGAUCGGAGAAAAGGACGAGGUACCGAUUCACUUCUGUGAUAAAUGUGGUCUUCCUAUCCAGCUCUACGGACGGAUGGUAUGUGUUUCAUUAAACUGGCAUUCCUUUACUGCCAGUCACCAAUUUACGGGUUUAUUAACUGUUUCUGUCUACCUCCUCAGAUUCCCUGUAAACAUGUUUUCUGUUACGACUGUGCUUUGCUACAUGAAAAGAAGGGAGACAAGAUGUGCCCUGGGUGAGUGUUGUAUUUUUGAGUGUUGUAAUAGUUCUAACAGCUGACAUAGAUCUGACAUAGAUCUGCAGGGAAGGUGUUCCGCUGUUUGACUUCUGUCCCUGUGUGUUCAGCCUCACCCUGUAUAACUGCACAGACCCCGUGCAGCGCAUCGAGCAGUGCCAGCGCGGUUCCCUCUACAUGUGCAGCAUCGUGCCCGGAUGUAAACGAACCUACCUGUCCCAACGCGACCUGCAGGCGCACGUCAACCAUCGCCACAUGAGGGCCGCUAAGUCCGGAAACCGCCAGGAGCCGGUCCAUCUUCCCCCUUCAUCCGAGGUCCCUGAAAGGUUCCGUGUGCCUCCGCCUCACCUACCCAAGAACCACGUUCACCUCCCCAACCCGCUCCAGCACGGCGGCCACGACCCCUACAGUCAGCCGCCCCCUCCCUCCGCUCAUGAUGCCCCGCCCCCAAACUCUGGUCUUGGUCCAGAGACAUUCCGCAUCGCCACAGUAACAACUCGUAAACACAGUAACCUCAUCACUGUGCCCAUUCAAGACGACUCCUCCACUCGGGAGCCACAUUCUGGACCAGGCCCUGGUCAGCCUCCCCACCACCACCCAGGGGACUAUCCUGGCCAGCCCCCUGUAGUGACCCACUCUCACCACAUGAUGGCGCCACCACAGCAGCACUUUGGCCCCCCACCUCCCCCUCCUCCACCCAUCAGCCACCCCAUGCAGCAUCCUCCUCAGGGCUCUGGGACGCCACACAUGGUGUACAACCAGGCUCCUCCUCCUCCCAUGUCCACAGCUCCCCCACCAAUCACCCCUCCACCAGGGCACAUCAUGGGUCAGAUGCCCCCUUAUAUGAACCACCCGCCCCCAGGACCUCCACCCCAACACAGUGGCCCCCCUGUCAAUGCCCCUCCACCCCAUCACUAUAACCCUAACUCCAUGCAGCAGUUCCCUGAAGACCAGGGCACCCUCAGCCCCCCUUUCAGCCAGCCAGGGGGGCUCAGCCCUGGGAUGUGGCCGGCUCCAAGAGGGCCCCCACCUCCAAGAAUGCAGGGUCCUCCUCCACAGGGCCAGAUGCCUGGACCCCACCACCCAGAUCAGGGCCGCUAUCGGCCUUAUUAUCAGUAAACUGCCAACUGACUGAAGGGCAGCAGUCUGUUUCAUUCAGUUUCACACCACUCGUCUGAAAUAAUGUGAUAGCAAACCUCAGGGUUACAGGAUGUAGGACUUUAAUUUUGAUAAAACUGCCCCAAAGUAAAUGUGUCUGUGCUGCACAUUUAGUUAAGUGUACUGAACUUCCUGCUGACAUUCAAAUAGACUCAGAGAAGAUCAGGAAUGUUCCCUUUUUUAAUAGCGUAUGGUAAAUAUCUCUGUAUAUAUGUCAGCUGAUCACACGCAUAUGUACUGUACAUGGAAAGACGAUAACUCUGUCUCAAUAAAUUUUUAACAGCAG